GGCCCUGGCUCCGGCCGCUGCGCAGCCCGCAAAGGGGGUGACCUCUUUGAGCCCCACGGAGCUAUGGCCGCCCGGCCUCAGCAGCCCCCAGCUCUGCCGGGCCACCACUACCUACCACACCUCGCUGUACCCGCAGACGGUGCCUCCUGCCGCGGCACCUAGCACCUGCCUCGACGCCACUCCCCACGGACCCGAGGGCCAAGUUGUGCGAUGCGUGCCGGCAGGCCGGCUGCCGGCCAAAAGGAAGCUGGACCUGGAGGGAAUCGGGAGGCCAGUGGUUCCGGAAUUCCGGACUCCCAAGGGGAAGUGCAUUCGAGUGGAUGGCCUCCCCAGCCCCAAAACCCCCAAAUCCCCCGGGGAGAAGACUCGGUAUGACACAUCGCUGGGGCUCCUCACGAAGAAGUUCAUUUACCUCCUGAGCGAGUCUGAGGAUGGGGUCCUGGACCUGAACUGGGCUGCUGAGGUGCUGGAUGUGCAGAAGCGGCGCAUCUACGACAUCACCAAUGUGCUGGAGGGCAUCCAGCUCAUCCGCAAGAAGGCCAAGAACAACAUCCAAGGCAGGGGACUGUUUGAAGACCCCGCUCGGCCUGCGAAGCAGCAGCAGCUUGGGCAGGAGCUGAAGGAGCUGAUGAGCAAGGAGCAGGUGUUGGACCAGCUCAUCCAGAGCUGCUCCCAGAGCUUCAAGCACCUGACCGAGGAUAAAGCCAACAAGAGACUGGCCUAUGUGACCUACCAGGACAUCCGCGCCAUGGGCAACUUUAAGGAGCAGACGGUGAUCGCUGUCAAGGCCCCUCCACAGACGCGACUGGAAGUGCCCGACAAGGCUGAGGAGAACCUGCAGAUAUACCUGAAGAGCACCCAAGGGCCCAUUGAAGUCUACCUGUGCCCGGAGGAGGUGCAGGAGCCGGAGAGUCCUGCCAAGGAGCCCCUCCCCUGCACCUCCGCCCUCAGCCCCAGCCCUGACUGUGCCCAGCCCAGCAGCAGCACCGACCCUGCCGUCCUGGAGCUUGAGCCAUCCUCAGAACCAGCGCUGACUCCACCCCAGGUGCCACUGCCACCUUCACCAUCCCUUGUCCCCUUGGAGGCCACCGACAGCAUGCUGGAGCUGCCGCACCCACUUCUGCAGCAGACCGAGGACCAGCUCCUGUCCCCGACCCUGGCGUGCAGCCCCCUGAUCAACUUCUCUCCGCCCCUGGACCAGGACGACUACCUGUGGGGCUUGGAUGGGGGUGAGGGCAUCAGCGAUCUCUUCGACUCCUACGACCUUGGUGACCUGUUGAUUAAUUGAGGGGCCGCAGCAGCCCACCCCCAUCUCUACCUCCUCGCAGACAGACUGACAGGUCCUCUGCCUGCACAGGGACAGUGGACACAAGGUGCCACCCUCAGGGCAUGAGAGUCUCCUCUCCUUUCUGACCUCCCUGCCAGCAAAUGCUGUCUGGGGACAGGUGGAGGAUGUGGGGGAGGGGCAAAUGAGGGGUUGGGUCCCGUUCUUCCUCUCUGACCUCUGACCUCUCAGGUGAAGGACCACAGGUGCAGGUUAUUAGGUUCAGGGAAAGGCCCCGCCACCUCCUUUUGGGGGGUUAUUAGGACCCUUGAUUUUCCGAGAAGCACUUAAUGCCCUUGUAUUUAUUUCAGGUUAAGUUGUGUUUGUCAUUCUUCCUGAGUUUUAGCAGGGAGAUUGUUCUAGUUUCUGGCAAGGCUUCUCCUCAGAUAGGUCCAUUCCCGCCCACUGGCCAAGGGCAGGCCUUCCAGGGGACCAGACACUGGUCUCUGAGGAGUUGUCCAGUUUACCAGAAAGCUCAUUGCACUUAGGCCUCAGGAUUAUCGCAAGUGCCAGGCCCUUGACCUCUCCAGCCGUGGUGUCGGCCUGGGACUCCUGGUCUUCAUCUCACAGAAGGUUCCAGCGGCCAUCUUGGGGCAGGCAGCUUUGUGGUUCCUGUGGAAAUAGGAGCAGCUGGUCCAGGAGACUCCUUUCCUAGGAAUUCCUUACCUCUUCCUCACCUCAGAAUGUAAAAGUGAUCUCCCAGGGAGGCGGCAGAGAAGACUCUGAGGGCAGACAGGAGUGCGCAGUGGCCACUCUGGCUGCCGUGGACACCUGAGCCCGAGAAGGCAGAGGCAGGUCCGCCAGAGAAGAGGAAGAGGCGGGAGCAGGGACCUGCAGGAAGCAUGGCCCCGGGGCUGCUGGUGCCCUCCCCACUGUCCCUGGGAGCACGCACGUGUGUGCCCCGUUGUUGAAGGGGAUAAUGUUUUAGGGACAUCCCCUUCCCUCCAGUUCUCACAGAUCUCUAAGGACAAAGGUGGCCAGGGCUUGGUGGCACAUUUGCUCCUUUUUGUCACUGUAAUGCUGAAGGGGUCUUCACGGCAGACCAGGCCCUGGCAGUUAACAAAAUAGGUUUGUGUCACCCUUUCAGGCGUGGGGACUUGAGAAGCUCUUUUGGCUUUAGGCGCCCAGUCCCCCAGGGGCCUGACCAUCCCACCUGCAGCCUUCUCACCCAGCCCACCUGGGCUGAGCCAAGGCUGUGCCUUCUGGAGAGAGGCACCCAGGGGUGGUGGUCUGAAAGACCUCCCACCCACCUCAGGGAGCUAGGGUUCCUCAGGAGCUCAGCUGGGCAGCACUUUUUUUUUUUUUAAUGU